GAUGAGUGGAUGCACAGGUGGUGUGGUAACUGGUGGAAUAACAAAAAGCAAAGCUGUUCAACGGCGGUUAACAGGAAGCGAAGCAAGAAAAUGAGAAAGAGACGAAUGACUCUUUCAAGCCACCGUGGAACAAAAACUGUGUUUAUAUAAGGGCACUACUUAGUAAAACGGCAGAAUUUGCAUCAAUCAAUUGGAAAGAAAGAGACGACAGAGACCACUUAUCAAGAAGACAUUGCAUAUAUGCUUGAAAUGUACAAAGUUCUUUUAGAAAGAAAUCUACAACAAAUGGUUUGUUUCAUUCUCCUCAUCAAUUUUUUGUGUCUCCCUGAUACUAUCUUUACAGAAGGAAAUGUAAAACUUAAUGCUAGACAUGGGUCUCUUCCAUCAAAGCUCAUUUUAAGAAACAUCACUACUUCAAAAGUAAACGAAUGUCUAAAGCAUUGUUUAGAAGACUGUUCAUGUUUAUCCUUUCAAAUUUGUGAGAUGGGGUGCCAACUUCUUUCCUCCACAAUAACUGCUGAAAUAAUUAACCAAGAUGAGAAACGUGAAUGUCAACAUUUUACGAUGAGCCUGUCAAUUCAAAAGGAUACUUCAAACUACUCGACAGAAAAUUGUUCGGUGAAAAUAGAUUGUUGUUAUACAUCAAAUUACUGCAGUAACAACGGAAAAUGUCAACAAUUAACAUAUUUAACCAGUGAAGUACGCGCCUUGUGCAAAUGUAAAGAAGGAUUUGUAGGUAAACGUUGUGAAAAGAAGGCAAAGUCUUGUCAAAAUUUUCAUGGUCGUUCAAAUGGCUGGUAUCAAAUAAUUACAAAUGAAAAUAAAAUGGUCAAAGUUUACUGUCAGUUUGACACUGCGCAUGUUUGGACGUUGGUUAUGUCAUAUAGUUUCAAAUUACGGGCUCGAUAUAGAUAUCAACCAUAUUAUAAAAACUUUUCUCGAAAUGAAGCAAAUGAAACAUGGGAAGAUUACAGACUUCCAUUGUACGCAAUGAAGAGUAUAAAAGAUGAUGGAAACACGUUAUGGCGUAUCACGUGCUCAUACGGUGAUAAAGACUGGAAUAAAACAGAUUUGGUUGUUGCAACCCAUGAAAAUGCACCAAUUUUGAAACAGAAUAACGACAAUGCCGUUUGCCUAAAUGUCAGUUUUAUCGAUAUUAAAGGCUACGAAUGUAACGAUUGCAGGAUUCCUUUCUGGCAAAAUGAUAAACAAGUUUUUCAUACAGACAAUAGCCAUGAUAAUAGUAAGUGCAAUCUGAAGAAUUUCCAAUCAUCAGGCUGCAGCAAUAGUGAUGGUAGUGGAGGAGAAGAUAAUUUUGGAUAUUAUGAUUGCUAUAACACUACACAUCGUUGUGCAUCAUCAGAAAGUGCCACAACACAAUUAUGGUUUGGUGAACGCAUGAAUUCGAAAUGAUAAGUACAGUGUAUGAUUCUUAAGUUAAGCAAAUUAAUAAAAAUUAAAUUGGACGUUGUUGACAUAAAAAUUUCAAGUAAAUACAUCUACUUGUUUAACAGACAGGCAUUAUUUAAAAUAUUUAGUCAAUCAUAUUAUUAGAGGUAAGAAUUCUACUUUGCCAGUGUAAGUUUACUGUAGACAUAAUUAUUUCAUAAAUUAUAGGGAUAGAAGAAAAAACGAAUGUUGAAAAAAUUGAAAUAAAAGAUUAAACAUCUA